GAGCCUCACUCGACCUCCUUCGAGAACACAUUGUUCGAGAACGGGGAGCCGAAUACUAACAAAUCGCGUUCGGCUGACUGGCUGUUCCACAUUUUAAGAUUUUAUGAGCACCGACUGACCAUCUGACUGACUGAGUCUUGUCAAUGAUUCACUUUGCCUCUGUAUUUGGAGUCAAAAUGUCCCAGGUCAACAUUCUAAGGUUUGUGGCGUGGAGUAGUCUAUCACCAAAUCUGAUAUUACGGGUUCGGACACCGUUAUCUCAAGCUCAUCAAGUAAAAAAUAAUAAAUGCUUUGCUCAGCCAUUUAGAUCUCUAGAACUUUGCACAAAAAAUGUUGACGCAUCUGGUCUGGUAUUGGCCAAAAAUAUCGCUGGAAGUUUCUGCCCUGUUUGUUCCAUUAGUUCAAGCAUUCUCACACCAAAGGUGAUGUCAGUUCCUGCUAUCUUGAGCAAUUCGAGAAACUUUUGCACAAAUAGUCCGCCGUACGAUCCGGAAAAAGAUGCAUUCUUACAAGACAUCCUGAAAGAAUUUGGCCGAGAUUUUUCUUCUGACAUUAAGAAUUCUAAUGAUGGUGUCUCUGGUGAGGUUGACUCGGGUUACGAAAGUGACAGCGAUACGAAUUUAAAAAAGUCCGCAGAUAGUUCUAGUUCUAGUUCUAGUAGUGAUAGUGACAGUGAUUUGGAUGACAAGUCUUCCAGUAGUGAGAGUCAACGUUUGAGUGACCGAGAAUGGGAUGCUGGAAAAUGGUCUCAAAGGGGUCAACUCUUGGAGCCAGUGGUGAAAGAGGACGGACCAGGAAAGUUUGAGGAGGCCGGUGCCUUGUCAGCAGAGGUGAAAGACAACACACUGGAUGACUAUGAAGAGAUUGAGGCCUACUCGGAUGAGAAUGAAGAGGUCGAGGAGAUCUAUGAACGGGUCCAUGUCAUACAAUUAGAAAGAGGUGAAACAGGUGUGUUCGACAUUGAUGAACUUGUCGCCGUCCUUCGGGAUGAAAAUGCCAUCGACCUGAUCGUGAUGGCGGUGCCAAAACGAUUCAACUAUGUUGACUACAUGGUGGUGGCUUCUGGGCGGUCUGUGCGGCAUAUACGAGCUAUGGCUGAAUAUUUCAAGUUCUUGCAUAAAAAGAAGAAAGGGAAGAAGGACCACUACCUGAAGAUAGAAGGUCUGGAUGCCAAGGAUUGGGUGGCAAUGGACUUCGGAAACAUUGCUCUUCAUCUGUUCAUGCCAGCAAUGCGGGAAAUUUACGACUUGGAAAGUCUGUGGGCACUCGGCGGGCAAUAUGACAAACAGACAAAGCAGCAGGACGACGCCUAUGCUUUCCUCUUUGACCAGCAGGCGGCGGUACCAGGAGUGAGCAAGGACUUGGAUCAGUCUUCGCCAACAGCAUUUAAUUCUGAUCCUAAACAACAGGUGUCAGACGGUGGUGAAAAGGACUCAUACGAGAUGCACUCAGAUCAGUGGCACCAAGUUGAAACAACAAACUUUGAAAAUAAAACUGAUGUAGAGAGAUGAAACUAAUAGGACUCUAUAGGGUUAACUUGUUAGAGGAUGUGGCAAAAAUAUAUUUUUCACAAAGAAGUGGGUUGCUGAAAUUUUGUGUUCCAUUAUUCUUCACUUUAUCUGUGAGGUCUAAUUUUGCUAAACUGCUGAACAUUACAAAGAGAAUGGU